UGGGACAAACAGCUUGACUUUGCAGAGUUGCACCUUACAUUUCUCGAGCUCUGGAAAACAUGUACCAAACCACCGGAGAUGCUGUAAAGACUCUCAUUACAUCAGUCUGGAUUAUUUUUAGUUUUUAUUUUGCUGCUGUCCGUGGACAGGAAGGAAAUGGCUGUGGACACACACUUCUUGGAGCAGAAUCUGGGACCUUGGCCUCUCAGAACUAUCCAGGCACAUAUCCCAGCAACAUAUUCUGCAAGUGGAGGCUUCGAGUGCCAGAAGGAAGGACGCUGCGCCUACUGUUCGGAGAUUUUGACAUUGAAAAUAGUCCAGGCUGCAGCAACGGGUCACUUGUAAUCACAGAUAAAAUCGGCUACCCAAGUCUGGGUCCCGUUUGUGGGAAGCUGGAUUCAUCCCAGAGGAAUGUGACACUGAGUAGUAAUGAAGUGGUGAUAACAUUUAUGUCGGGCACGCACCGCUCCGGACGAGGAUUUUUACUGUCUUAUGCAACUGACCUCCAUCCAGAGCUCAUUUCCUGUUUACAACGAGGCUCCCACUUUAGUUCACUGUAUUUGAGUGGGUCACUGUACUGUCCUGCCGGCUGUAAAAAUGUCACAGGUGAUGUUUGGGGAAGCUCAGAGCAGGGCUACAGAGAUACCUCAGUGCUGUGUAAAGGUGCGGUUCAUGCUGGGGUCAUCUCUGACUCUGUCGGAGGUCGUGUUACUGUGACUCGAGAAAGAAGUCUUACACUUUAUGAAUCCACGUUUGCCAAUGGAGUCCUGUCUAAAAUGGGAUCUUUGUCAGAAAAGAAGUUUAUUUUCAACCGAGAUUGCAAAAGUAUAUUGCAGAUAUCUGGUUCAAAUGCCUCUUCUGUGGAUACAAACAGUCCAGAGCUCAGAAAGUUCUGGUCCUUGGCGGGUCGAGGAUUUCGUCAUGAAUUUAUUUCCUGGAAAUCUGAAUAUAAAGACCCUUCUCCUUGGGUUGAGUUGGAGCUAAGUGAUAGAAGCAUGAUAACAGACUUAGUCACAACAGUUUCAAAUGAAGACUAUGUGCAUUUUUAUAGUAUUCUUUUUAGUAAAGACAAAAAGAUUUGGAAAUUAUACAAAGAUCCACUCACCAAAGAAAAAAAGGUAUUUCAGGCUUACACUGAUGGCCACCUUAGGGUGCUCAACAGUUUGGCGCCUUCAGUUGUGGCCCGAUUUGUGCGGAUCCUCCCAACAAGCUGGAAGGGUCAAGCUACAUUACAGGUGCAGGUCAUGGGAUGUCCUGUUUCCAAGGUUACACCAAAAACCCGCUCAAAUGCAGAAUCGACAUCAUCUGUUAAAGUCAACAUUGCUACACUGCCACCAAGCAAUAAUCACAACUCCACUGAAGGCCCAAUAUUAGUUGAAACAAGACUAAGCUCCAGCCAGCCGGUUAUAGUGGCAGUGGGAGUGGUCCUUGGACUGAUAAUGUGCGGCAGUUGUCUGUUGGCAGGAGUCUGGUGGAAGCAAAGGAAAAAGGCUUCACUAAUGAAAUACUCUUUACCCCCAAUGGAAUGUCAGACACUUCAGAUAAAGGCGUUACAAUGUCCAACAUCAGAAUUUAUCUCGUACCCGCUGGAGCGAAGUGUACAUGACGCUCUGCCUAACCCCCCACUUAAUGACUAUGCAGAACCUGUGGGCCAGAAAGUUGGUUCCACUUUUAGACCCUCAUCUGAUGAGGGCUACACCACUCCCUUUGCCUUGAAUCUUUAUGACACUCCGAGCCAAAUGCCCGAAUAUGCAGAGCCUCUCCCACCAGAGCCUGAGUAUGCCACACCAUUUGGGGACCAGCUCCAGGAGUCCAACACGUACAGUGCCCCGGUGCCAGCCCUUGCCUCAGGAACCACGUCACCGCACCCCGCUCACUACGACUGCCCUUCACAUAAGAUGUUAUCCAACGGCUACUGCAAUCCUGUCAUCCAUAAGUCAGACCCAGGCCUCGUCAAUGAGAUCUAUGCAGAACCCAAGUCUUGUAACUCGUUACUACAGAAGCACACAUAUGAGCAGCCUUUGUGAACUGAAGAGAAAGGACUCAAUUGAACUAUGGAAUGGGCCAGGGCAGAUGGAUAGGGACAAUGACCUCAAGUGGUGGACAGUAGUGCUCAGUGAGAGUGUUAUAGCCAAUACUAAAGGCACUUUGGACAGUUGCAAUGCAUUUUUGUAUGUUUACUGUGCAACAGGACUCAAGAGCCAUUGUAACAUAUUUCUCCACAGAAGAUGCUUUUUUAUUGAUGUAUACUUAUUUGAUUAUU